AUGGAAGACUCGCCUUCGAUAGAAACCGUAUACGAAGCUAUUUACGCGCUCUACAACCAAAACACUAACCCCACCGAAAAGCAGCAAGCCUCCAACUGGCUGAACGAAAUGCAGAAAUCGGUAUACGCAUGGAAGAUUGCUGACGAAUUGUUAGCCAGGAAGGUGGACCUGAACUCUUGUUAUUUAGCGGCACAGACUAUGCGCUCAAAAUUACAAAACUCCUUUCACGAAUUACCCCAAGACUCGCACGCAUCGUUGCGAGAUGCCCUGCUAAAUCAUUUGUCGAAAUUAGACGAUACUACUGACGGAGUAAUUGCUACGCAGUUGUGCGUUGCUUUGGCACACUUAGCUCUCCAAAUGGGCUCGUGGAAGAACGCUGCUGUAGACAUUGCAUCGCGAUACAAUUCGUUAAAAACAUGUUUCAUUUUAGAGUUGUUGACUGUGUUGCCAGAAGAAGUCAAUUCUCGAACGUUGCGUUUGGGUGCUAAUCGUCGGUCUGAAAUUUAUACUGAAUUCAGUGAUAACUUACCAGCUGUUAAUCAAUUACUAGAGAUGUGCUUGACAUCUGAAGCAAAUGAUGAACGCAUAAAAAUCCGAUCAUACAAGUGUUUUGCGUCAUGGUUGAACAUCAGAAGUGUAUCAUUAUCACAAGUCUGGCAUAGCAAUGUGCUAUCAAAUGCAUUUAAUGUGUUGUGUAGUUUUGAUGGGUCUAAUAUGGUUCAAGAAGCAGCUGCUGAUGCAGUGAUUGCCUUCCUCCAGAAUCUAGAAGAUAAUAACAAUCAAGAUGAAAUACAAAUUGAAAUUUUAAAUUCAGUUAGUAGAUUAGAGCAGGCUUACAUGAUGUCAGUUACUAAUGAAGACUUGGAUCGAACGGUUAAUUACUGUAGAAUAUUCACGGAGUUAGCAGAAUCUCUGGUAAUGACUAUGAUUAACAAAAGCCUAGGAUCUAAUGGUCUACCACAUUUCUCUAUCAAAGCAUUAGAUUCAGUUAUUUUAUGUGCAAACCAUCAUGAUUAUGAGGUUUUAUUAAUAACAUUUAACCUAUGGUUUAGGUUAUCCGAAGAAUUAUAUAAAAUAAAUAAUGUUGUUUUAACUGAAAUGUUUAAACCUUAUUUUGAGCAACUAAUUGGUGCUUUAUAUAAACACUGUAUGAUUGACACAGAUCAUGAAGGACUAUUGGAUGAAGGCACAGAAGACUUUGCAGAUUUCAGAAUGAAAUGUUCAGAUUUGAUUAAAGAUGUAGUGUUUAUAGUCAGUUCAUCAGCUGUUUUUCAACAAAUGUAUAUGCUCUUGCAAACAGCUUCUGUGUCCAAUGUCACUUGGGAUCAAAUGGAAGCAGCACUGUUUAUUAUGCAAGCUAUUGCUAGGAAUAUAUUGCCACAUGAGAAUGAAGUGGUUCCAAAAGUGGUUGAAGCUAUAUUAAAUAUGCCAGAAACUGUUCACAUAAACAUGAGAUACACUUCUGUGAUGCUGUUAGGAGAGUUAUGCGAAUGGAUAUCACAUGAACAACAUUCAGAAACAUUGGAACCAAUAUUGAAUUAUCUACAGUAUUGUUUACGCCAACCAAAUCUUGCUGCAGUCACAGCAAAAUCUUUACAUAGUAUUUGCACUACUUGCCGACAUCACAUGGUCAAACAUCUCAGUGGACUUAUUGAAAUCCUAAAAGUUGUCGAUAUGCUAAAUUUACCAAAUGAUGUUGCGAUUGGGUUAUUAAAAGGUGUUGCCGUUAUUGUUGCUGAAGUACCCGAAGAACAUGUGUACAAAGCAAUUAAAGAAAUUUGUGGGCGACAGUUAAGUCCAUUACUAGCUCUAGUUGAGUCUACAUCAGAGAAAACUGUUCCUGAAACUAAUACUUCAACAGACCCAAUAUAUUGGUUGGAUCGAUUAUCAGCAAUUUUAAGACAUUUAGCAACAAAAACAAAUAAUGAAAAAGACCCUUGUGUAGUUGCUAUUGUUGAAAUGUGGCCAUCUAUGUCUAAAAUUUGCACUAGAUAUAAAACAGAUUCACGUAUCACUGAACAUUUUUGUCGGUGUCUUCGAUUUAUGAUUAGAUUGGUUAGUCGGUCAACAACUGCACUUUUAGCACCAGUUGCUCAACAAAUGGCGUAUUUAUAUAAAGAGCAUCAUCACAGUUGUUAUCUUUAUAUCGGUUCAAUUUUGGUUGAUGAGUAUGGUUCCAAAUACGACAACCCACUCGUUAUGACACAAUGUCACUCACUCCUAUUAGAAAUGAUAGACGCAUUUAUUGAACCGGCAUUCCGAUUAUUUAGUGAAAAAGAUGGACUCAGAAACUAUCCAGAUACUGUUGACGAUUUCUUUCGAUUGGCAUGCAGAUUUAUUCAAAAACUUCCAAUGCCUUUUCUUCAGUCUCCAGUACUUGAAGUGAUCAUUAGAUGCAGUAUAACCGCUGUUUCGUUGGACCAUAAAGAAGCUAAUGCAUCUGUUAUGAAAUUUCUAUUAGAUUUAUUAUUAUGUGGAAAAUCAAGAAAAGACAGUAUAAAUAAUGAAGAAUGUAGACAAUAUGUUACCUCCAUUGUAAAUUCAAUUGGUGAACAAUUAGUAGACAAUUUAAUUCAAGCUAGCGUUUUCUCACUUCAAACAUACAUGUUGCCUGAUGUGAUAGACGUGCUAAUUGAACUGAUGGCAUAUGAUAAAGUUCAAACCUUAAGAUGGUUAAACGGAGCUGUUGAAAAAUUACCAAAGCAAAACUCUGCUGGUUUAGUUACAGCAACAAACGAACAGUGUUUGCAAUUUUUAAACUCUUUUCAUAGUUAUGAAAAUGAUGGAGAGCUGUGCCGUUCAUUACGGGAAUUCUCGCGGUAUUUUCGGUAG